UCCUGUGGUGGCGGAAGAGCUUUGGCAGGGAGACUGCCGCUGCCGCCGGAGAUGGCAGGAGAGCAGCGGACAGGAGGUGGAGGAGAGGCCGGGGAUCCGACUGCGGCCCCCGUGCGAGUUCUGCAAAGCUUGCGGGGAAAAAUAUGUGCAGCAAAGAAUUUACUUCCAUACCCGGGACCAAACAAAAUGAGAGACUGCUUCUGUACGGUGAAUCUGGACCAGGAAGAAAUCUUUCGAACAAAAGUUGUGGAAAAGUCAUUAAACCCGUUUUAUGGUGAAGACUUUUACUUUGAAAUCCCACGAACGUUCCACAGCCUCUCCUUUUAUAUCUAUGAUAAGAGUUUGUUACAGAGGGAUCUACGGAUAGGAAAAGUUGCCAUCAAAAAAGAUGAUUUGUACAGGUAUAAUGGAAAGGAGCCCUGGUUCCCGCUUCAGCCCAUUGAUUCAAACUCAGAAGUGCAGGGAAAAGUCCAUCUGGAAUUGAAGCUGAAUGAGCUCAUUACAGACAAUGGAUCAGUACAGCAGCUUAUGGUACAUAUACUGGAAUGUGAAGGGUUACCCCUUGUCAACGGGCAGAGCUGUGAUUCAUAUGCCACAGUAUCUUUUGUUGGCCCCUCUCGAAAUGAUCAAAAGAAAACCAAGGUAAAGAAGAAAACCAGCAACCCACAGUUCAAUGAGAAAUUCUACUUUGAGGUGACGCGGUCAAGCAGCUACACAAAGAAGUCUCAGUUUCAGGUGGAAGAAGAGGAUAUCGAGAAGCUUGAAGUGAGGGUUGAUCUAUGGAACUAUGGAAAUCUCGCACAGGCGUUUCUUGGAGAAAUUAGGAUUUCAGUGAAGGUUCUGAGGAAUGACUCGUCGCACAAGGCGUGGUAUCUUCUGCAGCCAAAGGACAAUGGGAACAAACCUUCUAAAUGUGACGAUUUGGGGUCACUGAGACUGAGUAUCGGUUACACAGAGGAUUAUGUCCUGUCUUCGGAGCAUUACACCUCUCUUAGAAACUUGAUGGUAAAAUCCCCAGAUGUCAAGCCCAUUUCUGCUUCAGCUGCCUUUAUUCUGGGAGAAGUUUGCCGAGAUAAGUAUGACGCUGUCCUUCCUCUCGUCCGGCUCCUCCUUCACCACCAGAAGCUGGUUCCUUUUGUAUCGGCCAUUGCCCAGCUGGAUCUGAAUGAUACGCAGGAAGCAAACACCAUUUUCAGAGGUAACUCUUUAGCUACGCGGUGUUUGGAUGAGACCAUGAAGCUUGUUGGGGACCACUACCUGAAAGUGACUCUGAAGCAUGUUCUAGAUGAGAUAUGUGAAUCUCCUAAAGCUUGUGAACUAGAUCCUAUUCGGCUCAAAGAAGGAGACAAUGUGGACAAUCAUAAAGAAAAUCUGCGCUACUAUGUUGACAAGGUCUUCUCGUGCAUAGUAAAUUCCAGCAUGAGCUGCCCCACUGUGAUGUGCGACUUGUUUUCCGCCCUCCGACACAUGGCUGUCAAGCAUUUCCCUAAGGACCCUCAUGUGCAGUAUUCGGCGGUCAGUAGUUUUGUGUUCCUGCGAUUCUUUGCUGUGGCUAUCGUAUCUCCUCACAGCUUCCACCUCCGUCCACACCAUCCGGAUGCACAGACAUCUCGGAUUCUGACUCUAGUGUCAAAAACCAUCCAGACCUUAGGAAGUGUUGGCAGUUUGUUAAAAAGCAAGUCCUCUAGUUUCAAGGAACCAUACAUGUGCGACUUUUUCAAGAUGUUUGAUGAGGAAACGUAUACAGUUGCCGUAAAAAAGUUUCUGGAGGAAAUCUCAUCUACUGAAAGCAAAGAGCCAAGUAGUGUUAGCGAGUCAGUCAUACUGAAAGAAGGUGAGAUGUAUAAACGCGCACAGGGACGGAACCGUAUCCGCAAAAAGAAUUUCAAAAAGCGCUGGUUUUCGUUAACCAAUAGAGAGUUCAGUUACCACAAGCAAAAAGAUAAAGAUCCUGCGUUCAGUAUUCCUAUAAGAAACAUCCUGGCUGUUGAGAAGCUGGAUGAAAGUGCCUUUAAUAAAAACAAUAUGUUCCAGGUCAUUUAUGGAGAGAAACCUCUGUACAUCCAGGCCAGCAACUGUGUGGAAGCCAGCGAGUGGAUCGAGAUACUGAGCAGGGUGAGCCUUCGCAAUCAGAGGAGGCUCAGCAAGUUCCAUCCCUCUGCUUUUGUGAAUGGGAGCUGGCUCUGCUGCAAAGCCCCCCAUGAGACAUCAGCUGGCUGCCGCCCCUGCACCAUAGAUGUUCCAGCUGACGUUGCGUUGGACAUAGAUGGAGACCGUGAGUGCGAGAGGAUCUAUUCCUUAUUCAGUAUGAGCAUGCCAAAGCUGCAAAAGAUGGAAGAGGCUUGUGGCGCUAUAGCAGUGUACCAGGGUCCACCGAUGGAACACAAUGAUUACCAUUUCACGAUAGAAGACUCUGUAGAAACCUUCAAAACCAUCCAGCAGAUAAAGUCCAUCAUUGAAAAGCUGAAUGAACCGCAUGAUAAAUAUAAGAAAAGAUCAACCAGUGCAAAAUAUGGCAGCCACGAAAACCCCAUUGUAGGUAAAGGAUCUUAGCACCCACCCAGGUCUGUGACGUUAUAACUGGAACAAAGUGAUGUCUCAAGCAGAAGGCAGACUCUCAGCCAGAAUCGCAACACUCUGUGUGACCACUCUGUAGAAAACUCUUGAAACCUGCAUUGCAGGAGCACUUAAUGAAGGCCUUUCAGACACAGAGACUAUGGUGUCUAUUUAGAAGUAGCCGAAAAACAAUGGAAACCGGCACCUCUGUCGUACAGCGGCCGCAAGAGAUGCUGUGUCCUGGCCAAACAAUGUCUUAACAUUCCCGCUGCGUGCAUCGCUUCUAGGACUGCAUGUUGGAGCAGCGAGAAACUGCUUCCCCGGGUUAAAAGCAAGAUGGGACCUUCACAAACCUUAGAAGUACUCCACGCGGUUGCACCAUUGGUUGGGUGUUUUAUCUUAAACGAUGUAUGGACGUGCUGAUCACAGCUCUAUGCGAAUCUGAGAACCCGUUCUGUUUAGUGCUGUUUCUAACAUACAGGGUCCUGAAAUACAUCAUUUUAAUAAUAUCUGGAGACAACAAGUAGGUAUGUAUUGGAACGCAACAAGAGUCUCGUGUUACUGCGGCAGCCUGGGCAAGCCAGGCAUUACCACCUGAACCACAACUAGGUAAAUCAGGGAAUCUGGGUUCAUUCUGACGGUACUAAUUAGUCUCCUCCUACAUAUUUAUAUUAUU